CCGCCGGCUUGCGCGACUGCGUGCGCUUCGUCCGGGCCUUCCGCCUGCAGGACGCAGACGUGCAGUUCCUGGCCUCGGUGCUGCCCCCAGACACCGACCCUGCGUUCUUCGACCACCUUCGGGCCUUAGACGGCUCCGGGGUGACGCUGAGGGCCCUGCCCGAGGGCUCCCUGGCUUUCCCGGGCGUGCCGCUGCUGCAGGUGUCUGGGCCGCUCCUGGUGGUGCAGCUGCUGGAGACCCCGCUCCUGUGCCUCAUCAGCUACGCCAGCCUGGUGGCCACCAACGCAGCACGCCUUCGUCUCAUUGCGGGGCCCAAGACUCGACUGUUGGAGAUGGGCUUGCGGAGGGCUCAGGGCCCCGACGGGGGCCUCACAGCCUCCACCUACAGCUAUCUGGGUGGCUUCGACAGCAGCAGCAACGUGCUUGCUGGGCAGCUCCGGGGCGUGCCGGUGGCCGGGACCCUGGCCCACUCCUUUGUCACCUCUUUCUCAGGCACUGAGGUGCCCCCUGACCCGAUGUUGGCUCCUGCUGCCGGCCAGGGCCCCAAGGUGGACUUGGCUGCUAGUGUCGAGGAGUGGCUGGGCCGCGUGUGUGCCCACCUGGGGCUGGGGGUCCAGGAGCCGCACCCAGGGGAGCGGGCAGCCUUUGUGGCCUAUGCGCUGGCUUUCCCCCGGGCCUUCCAGGGCCUGCUGGACUCCUACAGUGUGUGGAGGAGUGGGCUCCCCAACUUCCUGGCCGUAGCCUUGGCCCUGGGGGAGCUGGGCUACCGAGCAGUGGGCGUGAGGCUGGACAGUGGAGACCUGCUUCAGCAGGCCCAGGAAGUCCGCAGGGUGUUUCGGACCGUGGCGGCCCAGUUCCAAGUGCCCUGGGUCGAGUGGGUGUCCAUCGCAGUCAGCAACGGUGUUGACGAGAAGGAGCUGGCCCGGCUGGCCCAGGAGGACAGUGAGGUGAACAUCAUUGGCAUUGGCACCAACGUGGUCACCUGCCCCCGACAGCCAUCCCUGGGCUGCGUCUACAAGCUGGUGUCUGUGGGAGGCCAGCCCCGAGUGAAACUGACAGAGGACCCGGAGAAGCAGACACUGCCCGGGAGCAAGGCGGCCUUCCGGCUCCUGGGUCCUGAUGGUGAGCCCCUGCUGGACCUGCUGCAGUGGGCAGAGGAGCCCCCGCCCCGGGCUGGGCAGGAGAUGAGCGUUUGGCCACGGGCGGCCCAGAAGCCCUGCCUCGUGAGGCCAGCCCAAGUAGAGCCGCUGCUGCGACUCUGGGUCUGGCAGGGACAGCUGUGUGAGCCGCUCCCGUCUCUAGCGGAGUCCAGGGCCUUCGCCCAGCUGUCCCUCAGCAGCCUGCGUCCUGAACACCGGCGGCCAGAUAACCCUGCACCGUACCAGGUGGCGCUGUCCGAGAAGCUUCAAGCCCUGGUGGAAGCCCUCGGUAGGGGAGGCCUCCCGUGAGCACCCAGGACUGGGGGCUGCCUGAAACAAACACGAGUCACUCGCCAUCUGCACAA